AAUUUUUGUGUCAAAAAAGCAAAUUUCAUAUAGCUAUUAAAAGUCAACAAUAGUUUCAACAGUUUCAUAUCUUUCUUCAAAAACUGUCAACAAACACUGAAAAAGAGUCUCCUCUCUAUUCGUUCCAGUUAGUUCCAUCGUUUUCUUCAAUUUCAAAACUGUGAAAACCAUGAAUUCGGUUGGUGAUGGUUACGCCGUUGAAGUAACUGGUCUUUCACCUCAAGCCACUGAUAAAGAUGUCUAUGAAUUUUUCGCUUUCUCUGGUGCUAUUCAACAUGUUGAAAUUAUCAGGUCUGGUGAUUAUGCUUGUACUGCUUAUGUGACCUUCAAAGAUGCGUAUUCUCAAGACACUGCAUGUUUACUCAGUGGAGCCACUAUUUUAGAUCAACGUGUAUGCAUAACUCGCUGGGGGCAGUAUGAAGAACAUGAUUUUUGGAGCAGGCCCUCCUAUAGCCAUGAGGAGGAGAAUUCUUAUACUACACAACAUCAGACUCAACAUAGCAGUCAAUUUGUUUCCUCUGCUGGAGAAGCAGUUGCUAUGACUCAAGAAGUCGUUAAGACCAUGCUAGCAAAGGGAUAUGUCCUUAGUAAGGAUGCAUUAUCUAAGGCUAAAGACUUUGACGAGUCACAUCGGGUUUCUGCCACUGCAACAGCCAAGGUUUCUGAAUUGAGCCAGAAAAUCGGCCUCACUGAUAAGCUAUCUGCUGGUUAUGAUGCUGUUAAGUCUGUCGAUCAGAAGUAUAAUGUCUCUGGAACAACAAUGGCAGCUGCAUCCGCAACCGGAAGAACAGUAGCAGCAGCUGCAAACUCAGUGGUAAAUAGUAGCUAUUUUUCAAAGGGAGCCUUGUGGAUGUCUGGUGCUCUAACAAGAGCCGCUCAAGCUGCAUCUGAUUUGGGUAACCGCGGUACUAAGCAGUGAGACAUUGAAAUUGGUUUACUCUCAUAUUUUCUUGUAUAUAAGCCUCUGCUAUAUAGCUUCUCUAACUCUACAGUACCUAAGUGUAUAAUUUUUAGUUUCUACCUUGUACACUUUUAUUUGGUAUUGGUCUCUACAAAAAUUUGUAUCGGUUUUAAUCCGUAAAAAAUAGGAUGAUUUGAUUUGCUUUUGGUUUUCAUUGUUUUGGUGGUACUUGAAUUA